UCUAAUUAUCCAAAAAAUAUCUCAUACUCUGAGCGCCAAAGGGGAUCAACCUUUAGGUCUGCCUCGCCCCGGCGACCUCGCCAUCGUCGUCGUGGGCACCGAAGCCGAAGGAUCGGAAGGGUUACUCUUACUGGGAGGGGGAGAAAGAGAAAAGAGAAAGAUAUUUUUUAUGGAUUUUCCCAAUUCUCUCUCGAUAGGGCGACAGGUAUGAUCGUCUUCUCUUCAUUCAGCUAUCUUCAACGUUCUGUAUCCACACCACGGGAAUGGAUCUUAUCAACCCUGGAGCGACCUUGAUCACUAAACUAUGGGAUCUGAUUGCGCUCAAGCUGGCUUUCAUCGUCAACGCCGGAGAUAACGUCAGACGUCUGCGCCUUCCCAUGAACCGGCUCAAGGACAAGAGCAUCGACGUAGCGAACAGAGUCUCAGCCGCCAAAGCUCAGCUGCUGACACCCACCCAAGAGGUUCUCGGUUGGCUCCGCCGGGUUGAAGAACUCGAAGCCGAAGUGAGCGCGAUCGAGCAAGAUUUCCUCAACCAGCCUACGUGUUUCUGCUCCUGCCAUUACGACCUUUGUUCAAGCUACAGGAUUGGCCGGAAAGUAAAACGGAAGGCUUCAGAGGCCACUGCGAUGGAAGCGAAGAGCUUCGACGUCGUGGCCACCGACGACUCAGCUCCGGCGGUCGCACUCGACCUUCCCACGCGGCCGGACGUCGGCGUUGAAUCACCGUUGGAGAACGCUUUCCAGUACCUGUUCGACGACCAAAGAUGCGUUAUCGGGGUGCACGGCAUGGGCGGUGUCGGGAAAACAACCCUGCUCAGAAGAAUCAACAAUUCGUUUGUGGGAAGGUCCGACUUUGACCUAGUCAUUAUGGUCGAAGCUUCUCUAGAUUUCAAGAUCGAACACCUGCAGCAGGCGAUCGCAGAUAGAGUCGGACUUCCACUGAGUCAAAAUGGCACAAGUAAAUCUUGGGCUAUUGAGAUCAAAAGGUCUUUGAAUAGGAAGAAGUUCUUGCUGCUCCUAGACAACAUCUGGGAUCCCAUAAAUCUUACAGAUGCUGGAAUACCCACGGGGCCGAGCAAGUGCAAGAUCGUGAUUUCCUCUAGAUUCGAGUCUACCUGCGCGCAAAUGGGUGCGGAGAAGAAGAUCAAAAUGGAAUGUUUGACUCCGGAUAAAGCAUGGGAGCUGUUCCGACAGAACCUGAGCGGCGACUUGCUAAACGAUCCGGAGAUCGAAGACCUCGCGAAGCAGGUGGCGGAAGAUUGUAAUGGUCUGCCCCUUGCUCUCGUUGUCGUCGCCGCUACCAUGUCAACAAGAACAACUCGUGAAGAGUGGCAGUACGCAGUGAGGCAGAUGCGCAAGAUGCAUCUCGAGAGCCUAGUUCCAUUAGAGGCAAACUUGAUUCCGACGCUAAAGCUAAGCUACGACAACUUGCCCAAUGACCAGCUCAAGCUGUGCUUCUUGAGUUGCUCAUUUUACCCCAGAGGUCACUCGAUUCUGAAAGAAGAGCUCAUAGAGUCCUGGAUGGGUCUUGGCUUCUUGGAAGAGCAUAAUGACAUCAAUGAAAUCUAUCAGAAAGGGCAUUUUUUGAUAGGUAAACUAAGGGAGGCUUCCUUAGUGGUACCUGGGGAUGAUGAGAGGCGCGUAAAAGUGCAUGAUAUCAUUUGUGCCUUGGCCUUGCAUAUAUCUAGUGUUGGAUUGACACCUCGAACGGAGAAGGCUUCAUCUUCAUCUUCAAGAUCUGAUCCUGAGAAGAUUUGGGCUGUGGAUGCUGGAACUGGUUUGACAGACAUACGCGCUGACUACUUAGAAGGCUCAUCGAUUGAACGCCUUUCGUUAAUGCACAACAACAUUGACACCUUGCCGGAGAAAACAGAUUUCCCUGAAUUGUUGUCGCUAAUGUUGCAGUGUAAUGAUUCCUUGCCGCGAGUUUUUCCACGAGGUUUUUUUAAAGGCAUGGGAUGUCUCCAGUACUUGGAUCUGUCCAACACGACAGUGGAAGAUAUUCAUGGAAUUGGCCAAUUAUUGUGCUUGGAGCAUCUGAAUCUAUCUGGGACUCCCAUCAGCAAAUUGCCACAAGAAAUACGAUUUCUGACCAGGCUCAAGUAUCUUUACUUGAUAAAUACAUACAGUCUUGAGAUUAUUUUUGCCAAAUCAUUUUCAGGCUUGCAUAACUUGAGAGUGUUCAAUGCUUAUGGAAGUUCUUUUCGAUUCUGGGCAACUGAUGGUGCAGCUGAUGUCGAUAGAGCAAGUCUCAGUGAACUGAAUGAGUUGAUAAACUUAAAAGCUCUUGGUAUUUCAGUAGGAACACACUCAACUUUUCAGAAGCUUUUCGACAUGUCAAUUCCUAUCAGAUAUCUGUAUAUAUCCGAUCCAGAUACUGCACCGAUCGACAUUUCUUUCAACCAGCUGCGAUUACCAUCUAAUACUCUCCGGUCGAGAAGCAAAAUAGACGCAUCACUUUUAGAAAUGACUAUAAAAAACUGCCAAGAUUUAGAGGUUGUGACAAUUGGUGAAGACAGGAAAGGCGAACCUGAAAAUGCGGAUGGAGGUUUUUGUCGCCUAUGCACUUUCAAAGGCCUAGAAAAGCUUCAUCUGUUGCAUCUCGGCAAACUUAGCAAUAUCACAUGGAAUGGAGUUAAGCCUUGCGAGUAUUUCCCUCGCCUUAGGCUCUUGAGAAUUGUUGGUUGUGACAAGUUGAGAAGCAUCACUUGGACCAAGCAACUCCCUGGCCUUGUGAAGCUCUACAUUUCUGGGUGUUCUGAAGUUCAACAAAUAAUCGCUGAAGAGGAUGAAGAUGUUGAACAAGAAGGGCGAGAAGUCUUUCCCAGACUUAAGGAGUUCAUCCUCAGGGAUCUACCAAAAUUGACCAGCAUCUACCAGCGUACCUUGCCUUUCCCCAACUUGGUGUCUCUUCAAGUAUUUAGAUGCCCAAAGCUUGCGAGUCUGCCUUUCGGAGAAGGCAGUGCAUGCCGCUUGCAAGAAAUCCAUGGCGGUAAAGAGUGGUGGGGAAAUCUAAAAUGGGCGAAUAGGGCUUCUUUCGACAGGCAUUUCAAGCAAGCAGCUAGUUGAGCCCCCGUCUUCUUUCUCCAUGUUUUGUGCCGUUGCUACUUUGGGAUUCUGUAUUGCUUAAUAUUGUAGUGUGCAUUUGCUUUUAGUGUUUCCAUUUCCGGUCGAGUAUUUCAUUUGUAUUCUCUGUUGGUAUUCAUCUCAAUCUAAUAAAAGGAGAAUAAAGUUUUGAUUU